GUGAAUAAAAAGUAUCCCUGGACGACCGAGCUUCAUUUCCAGCGGCAGCCCAGUGAAAGGUGCGAGAAGGCCAACUUCACGAGCUGCCCGGACAACAGGUGCUUGGUGAAGGCGAUCCUCUACUUUUAUGGGCGGCUCACAGGCAAGGACCUCGUGGAGCUUAAGUGGCCGGACGGCGUCAAGCUGACGGACGCCGACUGUGUCAAGUACCUCAUCAACUUGAUGGGGGACAUGGCCCAGCCGAUGCAUUUCGGCACCGCGGAAACCGACAUGGGCCGCAACAUCACGGUGCUGUUUCGUGGCAAGACCACCAACCUGUAUGAUGCCCGGCCCUCAG